GUUUAUGGAGGACUGUUUCCAGAACCAGUAGCCUGCAAUGCUUCUGUGCUCAAAGGCUGUUUCUAUAAAGUGGGACAGUAACAACUUUGCAAGGAGAGUCCGGCGCUCCUGACUCACAGUCAGUAAUUCAAACGUGAGUUUUGAGCAGGGUUGCUUGUCGUUCCUCUGAUCACAAAAAUAGACAUAGUUUUAUGUUUAUGCAAUAUGCAAUGCGUAAAAAGACAGUAUAAGUCAUUAUAAUCAGUAAUUAUGUGUCCACAGGAUGCAACAAAUGCCUAGUUUGUAAUGGGUUUUAUUGGUUUUGUCUCAUCGUGCUGGGAGACUGCACCACAGUAUGAUGAGGGGCGUAACAUUUCAGGUUACACUCUUGAGGUAUUCGGCCAAUCACAAUGCACUCAAUAGCAGAAAGAUUAGCUUUGUAAAAACCGACGGGUUUUGGAAAGGCCGGGCAUAGAGGAGCAACAGUAAAGUACAGUAAUUAAACCUUAAACCGCAUAAACACAUUUAAUUAAACCAGAUACACACAAAAAAUGUUCUUUUUAGCAAUGUCAUAUGACCCCUUUAAUUAUUGUUGCACAGAAAAAAAUAUACUUGCAUUGUUACAUAGUCCUACCUCCUGUCGCUUGCACCCUGCAAACUUUUUACAAAAAAUAAAAAAUCAGAAAACGGACAUUUUUCAUGCUGUCAAUGAGCAGUCCAGCAUGACAAAGAAAGAUGAACCUGAUUGGUCCUCUUGUGUGCAUCUGAAGUGCUGAUUGGCUAGAGAUAGAUUGGCUCACAGAUAGAACCAGACAGGACCAAUUUAGAGUUCGACUUUGUAAGAUAGAACCUUUAUGUUUAAAAAAAAAGUCCCAGAAUGUGCAGAACUCAUCAAAUAAUGAAUAAGUUGUCACAGAAUAAGAAUAUGUGUAUAACUCAGUUUUGACAAAAAUGCCAGAGAGCACAGUGUGCUGGCGUGUUCGAUCAUGACCUCCCAGUUGGCAGCUGAUCCAGCUCAAGCUGUUUGUAUGGAAAAGCUAACCAGCCCUCAUAGGGCGGUCCCAAGCUGAACACCAAACCAGUCAUCAGAGGGGCUACAUUAUCCAACACUCCCAGACCUUAACUUUUCACGUAAUUUUAACCCUGAGGAAACAGCAGCCUCCAGGAGUGAGAGAGUGUGAGGAUUACAGUAGGAGUGAUGUCCUGAGAUUACUCAGUAUCUAAAUAAAGCCCAGCACUGAGGAAGUCUGUUUAUCCGAGACCGAGCAGAGACUGGACUGUUACCUGUGAGCACAAUGACUGCGCUGUAUCACACAUUCCUGCUAUUUACAGUCAGUAUGGCUUCCCUGCAGCCACAGAGGUCUUUGCGGGGCAAAAGGGGUUUGCUGGAACUAGCCGGCGUGAUCAAGUGCAGCACGGGACGAUCAGCUUUGACUUAUGCGAUGUAUGGAUGUUACUGUGGUCUCGGGGGUCAAGGGUGGCCCAAAGACAGAGCGGACUGGUGUUGCCACAAACAUGACUGCUGUUAUGGGGAUGCAGAAUUUGCUGGGUGUCAGACAAAAAUGGACAGGUAUCAGUGGACGUGUGAAGAAGAGGAGGUUGACUGCGAUACACUUAAUGACAGAUGUGCGAAAAUCCUCUGCCGAUGUGACAGGGAAGCAGCCAGAUGCCUCCGAAAGGCACCAUACAACCAGAAAUAUGCUCUGUGGCCAGAUUUCCUCUGUGGAUGUGUUCAUCCUACCUGCAACAUUUACUAAUGCCAGUAUAAAAUUUGGUCAACAAAUCUUUUUGAGCUUGUAUUGUAUGUUUGAUGCUUAUUAUAGACUUUAUAUUGUUCAAAUCAUUUCCAUUUUCUACUUAAAAUUGUCGUUUAUAUUUACAUAGUUGACUUUCAAAAGUGAAUGGAUUAAAAUAUGCGCAAAAUAAUCACAGUAUUGCUCAUUUUUUUUUGAUAUGGCACAGUUUUUUUGUGAAUAGCACUCCACCUCUUUGGUCAGUAGAGAGAGGGGCUACUUGUCACGCUAAGAAUUUAUCAAGAUUUAUUUAGACAGAUAUGUCAGUUUAGACAAAUAUGUCACAAACAAUAGGUACAGGCAUACUAUGGCCA